GCUGAUUUCACGAAGAUAGAAAUAAAUUGCACCGGAAGCGAUCGAAAAUCGAAAUUUUCAUAAUAAAUCAAUACUUUGACUAUUAUUUGCAGAUCUCAUAAACAAGCAUAAUGUACAAUGGCAUUGGCCUACAGACUGCCAGAGGCAGUGGCACAAAUGGAUACGUACAGAAUAACAAAGCCUUCAUCCGGCAUCACAAGGACCGUGUGGACUACAAGUCAGAGGAAGAAAUCAAAAAGCUUGAAGCACAGAUGAUAAAGCAGCCAAAUAAAGAGAUUCUAGCACAUGAGCGGAAACGCAAGGUGGAACUGAAAUGUAUGGAGAUGGAGGAACUGAUGGAAGAACAGGGGUACAGCCAAGAGGAAAUAGACAACAAAGUGUCGCUGUUCCGUAAGAUGCUCAUGGACAAGGAAGGGGUUCAGGAUGGACCGACUGUCGAGAAGGAUGAAUUUGGACGACCAAUAGCGAAACAGACGCAUCAAAUUGCUGAAGCGACUGCCGAGAAGAAUGCCCGCCUCAAGGAAGCUUUUGGCAUCAGCGAUUAUUACCAAGAUGGCAGCUCCUUUGACCCCAACAGAAAGACAAAGGAAGAUGCAGCGAAGGCAUUGGCGAUGGCACAGAAAAAAUAUGCGAUUGUGAAAGAUUCUGAUUCCGAGCCUGAGACCUCUCCUGGACCGUCCAGUCGUAAACGCAAGAAGAAAUCAAGGGACAAAAGUGAGUCAUCACCUGAAAGAAAGUCUUCAAAGAAAAAGAAAAGUAAAAAACACAGGCAUGAUCGGUCCGUGAGUCGAAAAAGCAAGAAACGCAAGCAUAAACAUAAGAAAAGUGACUCUCCGUCCAAGAAGAGGAAGCACAGAAGACGAUCGGUCAGCUCUAGUUCAUGCUCCAGCAGUGAUGACAGUUCUCACCCAUCAGACCAUGAGCCCAGCAGCAGAUCAAAGCCGGACCAGGAUCGGUCACAGUCUCGCAGAAGCCCCUCUCGGUCCAAAUCACCUGAAGAAAGGCGACCCCGGCAGGAGGUUCGACACCGCAGUGAGCCACUGUCUUCAUUGAGCCCGUCAAAAUCACCAGGACGAGGGCGAUCCCCCUCACCUUCAGACAAGCGUUCAUCUCGGAGGUCAGAUUCACCCAGCAGAGGGGGUAGCAGACAUGGCAGGGAGUCAAGAUCUCCAAAACAACAUAGAUCCAGAUCAGACUCGCGAGCAAGAAGAUCUUCCAGGCGUGACCGUUCGGGCUCUGACAGUAGAAGUAGGUCAAGGGAUCGUGAGUCUAGGAGCCCGUCCAUUAGACGACGUAAGGGCUCUCCAAGCCACCUGGAUAGAAGAAGGAUAACUAGGUCAAAGUCGCCAGAGUUUAAGAAGUCAAGGUCAGAUAGAAAUCGGUCGCCAAGGAGAUCACCUUCGACCCCUCCACGAUCCAGAAAUAGAUACUGAUCCCCACAAUCAGCUGUGCUCGUAAACGCCCUGUACCAUACCAUCGCCCUACACCCCCACCAAGCAGUUCCGAUAGCGAAGAUGAACGUCACAAUCAUCGCCGCCGACAUCGCAGUCAUUCACGCAACAGUAGUUCCCGACACAAGACAUCAUAUCGACACAGCAGCCGACGUCGAAGUCAUAGCAGUAACAGCAGUCACAGUUAUAAAUGAGAUUAAAUAAUAAUAAAAAACUAUUUGAAUCUCAUUUAGGAGAUUAUAGUAUCCAUUAAGUUUAAGAGAAUUGCAUUGGCCCCUAUAAAAUCUGUAAAUCUACUCCAAUUACUGUGUCAUUUAUUAACAUGCAUUACUAUUCAGGUUUCGGUGUCCCUACACCUAUUUUUCACAUCAAAAGUCUUGAUUUUAUAUCAUAGGUCUGCGUGUUAAAACUGAAUACUUCCAUAAUGACGUGUAUGAAUAAAUGUAACAAAUUACCAACUAGCCAAUUUCAAACAACAGUUCCAAGUUAACAAUGUGCUCAGAAUAUUUUGAAAUCGUAAGGGACUAGUUAAAAUCUUAUUUGAUUGUUGAUUGUCUGAUAAAGAGAAGGGAUAAAAUGUUACUGUGAUGGUCUAGUCAAUUCAAAGAGAUUGUGAUUCUUUGCUUGUCGGGAAGGCUUGGCCUUGAAUUGUAAAAAAUAUUGCCAAACACUUGUUUUUGUUUCAAAUAUAAUUAUGUAUUUGUGAGGAGGGGUAAAUUUCCUGGUGUUGAUAGUAUUUUUAUGUAUAUUUUGUAGCUUUGCAAAAUUCGACAGUGUAUUUUUGAGAAAUUAGGGCAAUUAACUCAGUCUUUAAAAAUAUGUCAGUCAAAUCCUUCAAUGGUAUCACAUAAUAAGAACUAAGUUUGAAACUCGUAUUUUUGUUUGUCUAGAAAUGUAAAUUGUUUCUUAAAAUCUGUAUGUUUUUAUCUUGCAACAUUUUUAUUUUUAAGUUUGUUUUUUUAUUAGCCAAUUUUGAUAAGUUAUUAAUUCACAACUCAAUUGUCCAAAGACUUACGUCACACAUCAGUAAAUUUAAUCUGUUGGUUUAAAGCUCGCAUCUUCAUCGAUGAGCGAAAACUCACAAAUAGUUCAUCCUUAAUAAAUUGAAGCAUCUUGAUUUAUUCAAGAAAAAUCACCAAUAUUACACUCUUGUCAAUUUAAGGCAGUUUAAAAUGUUUCGUGUUCCAUCAGAUUUCAUAUUUAAGGUCUUAAAAUAAGCCAAUCACAGCAAAGUGUUUCGUGCACUGUGUUUCGGUAAUUGGCGUACAUGAUUGAGACACUGACCUGAGAUUUAACAAAUAAACUAAAAUUGUUAGUUCUGAAAAAAUCAAGCAGUUGCUAUCCCUGUCUUUGAAUAUUUGUUUUAAUAUGUAAUUCAUGAACUAAAAUCCAUUAUUUUAAAAUAAUUAUUUAAGGAUUGUGUAAAUAAUGCUAUGAGUUUAUAAAUCUAUGCAUAUUUAAGGAAUGUAAUGAAAAAUGGUUUGUAGAGUUUUGUAUGUAUUUUGUUAAAUUUAGUCAAGAUAAAGAUUGUAACAACUUUAGAUACAUUAUUGAUGUGUAAGUACCAAAUGUGUGACAUUUUGUAUAUAAAAAGACACCUAAGAGAAUAAAGCUAUAUAUAUCCGACUAUGUUGAAAAUUAACAAGUUAUUAUACAUUUAGAACGUGUUUGAUUUGUAAAUUUAACAUUCAUAGUAGGUUGAGCAGUGCAAUUUUUAUGCUGUAUUUUUGAUUAUGCUACUGACAUAGUUUUGUAUCAAAAUUGAAAAUCACUUAACUGUUCAUUGUAAAUAAUCAUAAGCCAUGUUCCUUUAUGCUUCAUUUAAAACUUGUCAAACACGAUCUUUCUAUAUAUUUCCAUUUCAAUACAUUUUUUGAUGUUAUGAGUUGCUUAAAAUAUGUAUUUGUCACAAUGCAAAUAAAUAUCUUCCCAAAGAA